AUGCAACGCCUAUAAAACAAAUUCUUAUUUUAAAAACAAAAAAUAAGUUUACCUAAAAGCUUAAGUGGUGCACUCGGGUAACGAAUGCGUAAUUUAUUCGCAAACGCCAUGCAUCUCUUUCCCAUUGUUUGAGAUUUCAGUCGCACACGAGCCGGUGAGCAUGUUGUGUACUGGGACGGAUUGCUACUUAGAUCCUAUAUUUUAAUCACAGUCUACGACCAUACAUUGCAUGCAUGGGCAGAUGUCCUCGUGUUAAAAAAUGAUGUGCGUAUAGGGAAAUGCAAACAUCAGGUAUCUGUAGCUAGUCUGGAAUAAUGGGCAUGUAUCGGCAGUAGGGGAAACAAAAAGAAAUGAUGCGGAAUCGUGUUAGAAAAACAAAGAGAAAGCUUGCUGCAUAGUGCUGAAUCCCGAAGGCUAUCUUGCCAAAAUCUGGAAGGAACUCGCUGGUGUACCAUUAAAUAUGAAAAUCUCCAAAGUUACAUCCCCUUAACAAAGAAACUAAAUUAUAAAUAACCUGGAAUAAAAAGAACCUCGUUUCAUAUUAUAAUAUCCAUAAACACCAUGUUUCAAAUUUGCAUAUGUCCAACUGCUGCUAAUUAUUAUGUGUAAUCGGUUUGAUAUAUAAGUUCCCACAUGCACGUAAGGACGUGAUAUAGCGCUCGUGUAGCGCCAGGGGGCGUGGCCUGCCCACGUGGGCGGUCCCAUUUAAAGUCCAUCUGCUCCGGGACUGAGAGAGCUUGGUGCUGGGAGAGCAUCGCUGUGGAUGGAUUGAAAGAGGGAGAGGGAACACGAACGAAACGUUUAAGCAUCGGAGGGAGCGUGUGUUCAGCGACAAAGCAGCGGAGCAGAGCGGCGUCGGAGGUGGACCCGCAGGUCAUGCACGCUGAAGCGCUUCAUAGGUCACAAGGAGAUUUGACAAGGAUUACGGUGUGACACGGGCCUAUCCUGCACCGAAGAGAACCCAGAGGAUUCCCACAUCUCCUGCACAAAUAACACUCCCUACUAAGAAGUCAGUUGGAGUCCCGGUCUACAGCAGCUGUUUCGAAAGGGAGACCAGGAGCUAAGCCCUGCCCACACAGGUGCUUAACCCAGCCCACUCAGGCAAUAGGCCACGCCCACCCUAUUGCUAAGUCCCACCCACAAAAUCACUGGCUAUGGAGACUCUAUCCCAGGACUCCCUUUUGGAGUGUCAGAUAUGCUUCAACUACUAUAGCCCACGGCGCCGGCCCAAACUGCUGGACUGCCGGCACACAUGCUGCUCGGUGUGCCUGACCCAGAUGAGGACCAGUCAGAAGGAGAUCCGCUGUCCCUGGUGCCGGGGCGUGACCCGGUUGCCCGCAGGCUUCUCUGUCUCCCAGCUGCCAGACGACCCAGACGUGGUGGCGGUCAUCGCCAUCCCGCACGCCUCUCAGCACACGCCCGUUUUCAUUCGUCUGCCUAGCAAUGGUUGCUAUAUGCUGCCACUGCCCAUCGCCAAGGAGAGAGCACUGUUGCCGGGCGACCUGGGCUGCCGCCUGCUCCCCAGUGGGCAGCAGAAGGGCGUGGCUGUGGUGGCCGUCCCUGAGGACACGCCCUCUCUGGGAGCGGGCCCCGAGGCUGGGGUAGAGAGGCGCGGUGGUGCCGUGCGGAAGGGCUCCACCUGGUCAGGGGUGUGCACUGUGGUCCUCGUGGCCUGUGUGCUUCUCUUCCUCCUGGGCAUCGUGCUGCACAACAUGUCCUGCAUCUCCAAGCGCUUCACUGUCAUCUCCUGUGGCUGAAGGCCUCUUGACCCCACCCCAUUCACGCUUGGCCCCGCCCACUUCACACCUGACUCCAGACGCCAGAUGGG